CCUUAAUUUCUUACAGAAAAGACUGUGCUCUCUACAAGAGCUUUCUCAGACUGUGAAUAACGCGGGAACAGUGAUUGGUAGCGGGAAGCACUCACUAAAAACGGAUUUGUUGAACCCCACCAGUUAAGAAGGGAACAUACGAAUGCAGCCCCUAAGGGGCGCUGUCCUCGCCCAAGGACCUGUACCGCCCGCAGGGCGAAGACUAAGCGCCGAGGGGUGGACUUGGCUCUCAGCCAGCAAUGAGCUGGCGGAGGCCCCGCCCCCAGCGCACGCGCAUGCGCCAGGGGGCCCCGCCGCCCCGCUCUAUCCUACUCCGGCUCCCGCCGGCGUUCAGGACACUGGGUUCCCUACAAGCUGCCCCAGGCUUAAUGAUUGUCCAGAAGGUGGCUAUAAAGGGAGCCUGGGAGGCUGGGUGGAGGAGGGAGCAGAAAAAGCCCAACUCAGCAGAUUGGGGCACUGAGAGAGCCACCGGCAGGAGCUGUGGCCAGAGGCUCCGAGUCCCCACCAGUGGGGCCUGCUCCCUUCCACCAUGGCGGCCCAAGGCUACGGCUUCUACCGCGCUGUGAUCUUCUCAGCCAUGUUUGGAGGCUACAGCCUGUACUACUUCAAUCGCAAGACCUUCUCCUUUGUCAUGCCGUCGUUGGUGGAGGAGAUCCCUCUGGACAAGGAUGACUUGGGGCUCAUCACCAGCAGCCAGUCGGCAGCCUACGCCAUCAGCAAGUUUGUGAGCGGGGUGCUGUCCGACCAGAUGAGUGCUCGCUGGCUCUUCUCUUUGGGGCUGUUCCUGGUUGGCGUGGUCAAUGUAGCGUUUUCCUGGAGCUCCAUGGUCCCCGUCUUUGCUGCUCUGUGGUUCCUCAAUGGCCUGGCACAGGGGCUGGGCUGGCCUCCGUGUGGGAAGAUCCUGCGGAAGUGGUUCGAGCCAUCUCAGUUUGGCACUUGGUGGGCCAUUCUGUCCACAAGCAUGAACCUGGCCGGAGCGCUGGGCCCCAUCCUGGCGACCACCCUCGCCCAGAGCUACCACUGGCGCGGCACGCUGGCCCUGUCCGGGGCCCUCGGUGUGGUUGUCUCCUUCCUCUGCCUCCUGCUCAUCCACAACGAGCCUGCCGACGUGGGACUCCGAAACUUGGACCCCACCCCCGCCAAGGGCAAGAAGGGCUCCUUGGAGGAGGAGAGUACCUUGCAGGAGCUGCUGCUGUCCCCCUACCUGUGGGUGCUCUCCAUUGGCUACCUCGUGGUAUUUGGAGUAAAGACCUGCUGUACCGACUGGGGCCAGUUCUUCCUUAUCCAGGAGAAAGGACAGUCAGUCCUCGUGGGUAGCUCCUACAUGAGUGCGCUGGAGGUUGGGGGCCUUAUAGGCAGCAUUGCAGCUGGCUACCUGUCAGACCGGGCCAUGGCAAAGGCAAGGCUGUCCAUCUACGGGAACCCCCGCCACGGCCUGUUGCUGUUCAUGAUGGCUGGCAUGACCGUGUCCAUGUACCUCUUCCGGGUAACUGUGAGCAGUGACUCCCCCAAGCUCUGGAUCCUGGUGUUGGGAGCUGCGUUUGGUUUCUCUUCUUACGGUCCCAUUGCCUUGUUCGGAGUUAUAGCCAAUGAGUGCGCCCCUCCCAACUUGUGCGGCACCUCCCACGCCAUUGUGGGACUCAUGGCCAAUGUGGGCGGCUUUCUGGCUGGGCUGCCCUUCAGCACCAUUGCCAAGCACUAUACCUGGAGCACAGCCUUCUGGGUGGCUGAAGUGAUCUGUGCGGUCAGCACCGCUGCCUUCUUUCUCCUACGAAACAUCCGCACCAAGAUGGGCCGAGUGCCCAAGAAGGCUGAGUGAAGAGUACAGGCUCCAGUGCAUCCUCUCCCACCUGUGGCCUUCCCCUUGCACGGGGCUGCGGGGAGAGGGGGGCAGAGAGAAAGAAAGGGGGGCUGCUCCGGCUAGCAUUGAACCUUUGAUUUCCUCUUGUGCGCCUUUCCCCUCGCCCAGGUGGUGCUGGAAGUUACCAGUGGCUAAUGAGGUCCCAGCUCCCCAUCCUGUGUUCCAUUUAAAAGGCAACUUUUGUUCUUGGACUCCACUAGCUCCUAUUUCCUGCCUUCAAACAGGAAAGCCUUGCAGUCAGGGAGUCCCCUAAACCCUUCUUCCCCUGCUGGGCCCUCCCACACCAUCGCCAGUAGAGUGAGGCUCCUCCUGCCGCGGCAGGGUACCAGGGACCCAUGAUUGCUGCCCUAAGGCCUCUUAGCACUGGCAACGGCUAUUGCCAAUACCUUCGAUUCCAAGGGGAGAGGAGGCCAUCACGCUCACCAGUACCCUGUGGGGACGGCGGGGGGCAUGGGGUGUGGGUGGGAGGGAGGAGGACUUGACACAGAUUAAAACUAGAUUUGAUACUAAAUACUAUCAGGGAGUCAUUCUUUCCAAAGGGGUACUACAAGCCAGAGACUGCUUUCUUUGGAAAAUAUUCUCUUGAUACCCCAAAAGGGGCAAACUUCAUCUCCUUGGGAUGGGAAACCUGACAUGGACUCCUUCAAGUUUAUGGCUCCUUUGCCUUCAAUUGCAUUAAUUCAAUGAUCAUUUUACAGAUGAAGCACUGGGUUUCUGGCAGAUGUAACUGGAGGAAGGCAGUGUAACAGUGGCUCCCGGAGAGUGUAGUCAGAGAGCCUGGCUUAAAACUCAGGUGCUUAGUAACUAGCUCUGAGACUCUGAGGCAGAGAGUCUGUACUUUGGUAAAUCUAUUGUCCGUAACAGAAUGCAUCCCAAGAUUAGGGUGAGGGUUAAGUUAAAUAAAGCAGUAAAACCUGGCUGUAAACACCUGAUAAAUACCCCACCGUCAUCACCACUGCCACCACCACCUUAGAAGUCAGCAAUUCUGGAACUAGAC